UACUGUCGUCAGUUGCCAUUUGAUUCUCAACCGAUUGAGACGCGUUCGCUCCCCAGGAGAAAAUCGGCGCCGCGACGUGCAAAUUGGAAAGCUGCCUUAUAUACCCGCACGCACACAAUAUUCGUUGUCGCUUAAUUAAUUAUAAUAAUUUGUAUGCAGUCAAAUAAUCAAACAGACAAGAGAUAUUUCUACAAAGUGUAUCGUGAACGAAACAAUAUUCACUUGAAUGUUUUUGGACUCGAAAUUGUUUUGUGAUCGCUGAAAUCAAGAGUUUUCAAAGUUGCCGUUGAUAAAGAAUGUCCCACUAGCGAAUAGCUACGGAAGCCAUGGUUAACCUGCCGGCCAUACGUGCCGGACGUCCCGCUACGCCCAGUCCCCAGAUGUCCCAGCGCCAGGUCUCGCACUCCCAUUCGAAUGAGAUUGAAACUGAUUCUGCGAAGAGAAUGAGAGCUGUCACACCACCGGCCCCACCAUUGGGGAGCGAUGUCAUUGGCGAUGUGGUGGGGGAUUUUGGCAUCUGGCAGCUGAGAACGAUCCUCAUCAUAUUUCUGUGCAAGAUUCCUGCCGCCUGGUUCAUGGCCUGCAUCAUAUUCACGGGCCCCGAGCUGUACCCCGGCUCGGAGUUCACCUGCGACACCAGCUACCUGGAGGCCAGCAGUAGCUCCAACUACAGCGUCUCGGAUAAUCAGUGCUAUGUGAUGGAUGAGGCCACGGGCAGCAGGAGCGAGUGCGAGCAGUUCUCCUACAUGUCCAGCUUUGACUCCCUGAUCAUGCAGUUCAACCUGGUGUGCCUGAGAGACAUAUUCGUGGCCUGGACUCAGUACUGGCAUCUCUUUGGUGUCCUUGUGGGCGGCGUCCUCGGCACUAAGAUGAUGCUGGGCAUUAGUCCAAGGAGCACCUACUGCGUGGGAGCUGUGGCCCAGAUUGUGUGCGGCGUCGUCACAGGGUAUGCCAGGGACUUCAGUCUUCACUGCGCCUUUCGAUGUCUCUCCGCUGUCUGCUGUGCCAUCAUGUUCACCGCUGGACAGGCUAUAUUUGCGGAUAUCACUGCGGGAAUGCAUCGCAUUAGUGCCAUCAUCCUGUACGAUACCUUCUGGUCCGUGGGGGUGAUCCUGUUGCCCGGCCUCUCCUCAUUCUUCAACAGUUGGUCCCUGAUCUAUGUGGGCAUCACCUUCCCCACCAUCAUGCUGAUCGUGUUGCUCUACUGGACUCCCGACUCUCCCCGCUGGCUGCUCCGACACGCUGUCGACCGUUUCUCCAUCGACAACGUAGAGCAGAUUGUGCGCGAGGGAGCCGCGAUCAACGAUCGCACCUUUAAAAUACCACCCGACUUUAGGCAGCAGUUGGAGCAUCUCAGCGAGCGACUCAAGGCCCAACCGCCGCCAGCUCCCUGGAAGGAGUUGUGGGUGGGAAAGCGGGCCAAGACCCACAUGAUCGCCGCUCAUCUGGCGCUGGCCUUCUUCGUGAUUAACUUCAUGGGGAUGCUGCUAAACAUCCGAUCCUUUGGCAGGGACUACCUCGUUCCGAAUACCAUAGCCAUGGGAUUCUCUGAGAUCAUUGGCUGCUUCCUGGCCUUACACUUUACCCUCAAACACAACAAAUGGAAGUGGCAAUGUGCUGGAGUUUUCAAUAUACUUGCCGGAAUUCUUGGCUGCCUUGGCUGGAUCUUCACCAAUGCAGAUCAGAUGGAUGCUGAUCUCAAAGUCAGUUUGUGGAUGAUCAUUGCCACCAUUCCCAAGGCGGCUGUCUCCUGUGCCCAGUCCAUGAUCCUUGCCUGCAUGAAUGAGCUGAUGCCGGCCAAUAAAAAGCAGCUCUUUGUGUUCUCCGUCGUUACCUGGGCCCGUGUGUGGCUGCUGUCGGCACCGUUCUUCAACGUACUUAAGAAGAUCGAUACGGCCAUGUCGCUGACCUCGUACUGUGUGUUCAGCAUCCUGGGUGGGAUCUGCACGAGCCUGCUGCUCACACCCAGGACCAGCGUGGCUCCAGUUGUGCCCCAGGCAGCGGUGGAGCAGGGCGACAAGAAGGAACAGUCGCCCCUGAAUGCCCCAGUGUGGACCAUUGAGUCGGAUGUGAACAAUACACGAUUGUAGGAUGGAUUUGGAGAUCCUUUUUUGAUUGCCAGCUCCUGG